UUUAUAAAAUUUCAUGGUUUAGAAAUUCUAUAAUUUUAAAUUCAGGAACUUGCCGGAAUUUUCAAUCCGGCUUAAAAAUUUUUUUGGUGCCAGCAAACAAUUUGACAUAUUCAUUUAAUUUGAUGGCUUCUUGCAGUCAUACGAAGCAGAACUUUCUUUCUGUUUGGAGAGAUUUCUACCAAUCUAUUUCUGAUAAACUUGUUAAAAAAUUCGAUGUCAUCGUUGCAUUGGUUCAUUGUUUGCUUGUGAGGGAUAUACAUUUUCGGUGUGUCGGAAAUGGAGAAGAUAAAUUAUUAGUGGAGGGUGAGAUGGAAUCGGAGGAUUUACCAGAUGGUUGGAAUGAAGAUCUCUACCGUUAUGCUAUACGUUAUGUCUAUGAUAAUCGUCUAUAUAUACUUUUUGGUCAUAAAAGUAAUGAUUGUAUUGUUUUGAAUAUAUUAAACGUGUCGACUAGAAAAGUUUCAAACAUUCUUUUAAGUCCAGAUGAUUUGAUGGACAUAGCUUCUAUUCACUCAGUGUUAGAACGAAUGCGUCAAGAACUAGUAGAGCCUAUAAUAAUUCAUCCCAAAGUGCAUGCUACAACACAAACAGAUCCUCCUACGAAUGUUCGUCGCCUCGCAAAUUUGUCUCGUGGUGUGCCAUCCUCUAUGCGUCACAUGAAUGAUCUACUAAUCAGUGGUGCAUAUAGAGAUAUUGAUCAACUUCGCGGUACCCGUGGCCCAUUAAGUUUGUAUCGCUUUAAUUCAAUCACUACCAAUUCUGCUGCAAACCGUUUCCAUCCACAUAUAAUACAAGAACAUGUAAGACGACUACAGGCUCUUCGUAGCAGAAUGGCAGCUACAUACGGGGAACUUCCGCUAUCCCAACUUAAUAAUGUUAAUUCUUCUAAUCGUAAUGCUUCAGUUGUCAGAAAUAAUAACGAUUUGGAACCUGAAGCUGCAAUAGAGGAAAACCAUUCUCAAAGAAGACGUCCUGAACAAAAUUGGGCAGAAAAUAAUGACAAUGAAUUACAAGAGCAGAUAAGACGUUUGCACUCACUUCGCAGAAUGUUCUCCUCGCCCAAUAUUGGAAUUGAUGAACCAAAUGAAAAUGUUUCCAAUAUGUCAAAUCCAUCCAAUAACAAUGAUAUCGUAUCUGCUUCAAAUAAUGGGAUUGCAGCUGUUAAUAUAGAUGAAGACAAUGUCAGUAGUUUUCAUCGUAGCGUUUCAGAACCAGGCAUACUAGGCGGAAAUGAGAAUAAUGGUAUUGAUUAGCAAGCCUUCUGUUGAAUUUAAAAAUUACGAGUGUAUACAUAGAUAAAUAAAAUAGUUUUAGGUAAUAAAUAAAAGGAAUUAACUUAUUUCAGAUUCUUUUUGUAAUACUUUAUAUAAUGCCUUUUGUUGAAUCUAAAAAUUGUGAGUGUAUACAUAGAUAAAUAAAAUAUAUUUAAGUAAUA